CGGUCAAACGUUCGAAGUUGGUCCGCGUUAUACAAAUUUAUCGUAUAUGGGCGAGGGUGCAUACGGAAUGGUCGUGUAAGUGUCAUCGUUUGUAAUUCGCUGUCAUCCGCGGCGAGUUUCGUCGAUCCGCUUAUGAUAAUGUAACAAAAACAAAAGUAGCUAUUAAGAAAAUUUCUCCCUUUGAACAUCAAACUUAUAGCCAAAGAACUUUAAGAGAGAUUAAAAUUUUGACAAGGUUUAAACACGAGAAUAUAAUAGAUAUAAGAGAUAUAUUAAGGGCACCUACCAUAGAGCAAAUGAAAGAUGUGUAUAUUGUUCAGUGUCUGAUGGAAACUGAUUUAUACAAGCUUCUCAAAACGCAAGCUAUUAGUAACGAUCACAUAUGUUAUUUUCUCUAUCAAAUACUUCGAGGAUUAAAGUACAUUCAUUCUGCAAACGUUUUGCAUAGAGAUCUCAAACCAAGCAAUUUACUUUUGAAUACCACCUGUGACCUUAAAAUUUGUGACUUUGGUCUGGCUAGAGUCGCAGAUCCAGAGCACAAUCAUGCUGGAUUUCUUACAGAGUAUGUUGCUACAAGAUGGUACAGAGCGCCAGAGAUAAUGCUUAAUUCUAAGGGAUAUACAAAAUCUAUAGAUAUUUGGUCGGUAGGUUGUAUUCUCGCUGAAAUGUUAUCGCGAAGAGCAAUAUUUCCCGGUAAACAUUACUUGGAUCAGCUUAAUCAUAUUCUUGGUGUAAUUGGAUCCCCAUCCGAAGAAGAUUUAGAAUGCGUCAUAAAUGAGAAAGCACGUAAUUAUCUUGAAUCAUUACCAUUCAAGCCAAAGGUACCAUGGACAAGUUUGUUUCCAAAGGCUGAUCCAAGAGCUUUAGAUUUGUUGGAUAAAAUGCUUACAUUUAAUCCUAAUAAACGGAUCGUAGUUGAUGAAGCAUUAGCACAUCCGUAUUUGGAACAGUACUAUGAUCCAUCUGAUGAGCCUGUCGCAGAGGAACCAUUUAAAUUUGAUAUGGAGUUGGAUGAUCUUCCAAAAGAGAUUUUAAAGAAGUAUAUAUUUGAGGAAACAUUAUUAUUUCAGAAAAAUCAUCAACAACAAAACGCGAUUUAGUUUACUGCUACAAACUACAAGUCCACAGGAUGACCAAAAAAGAGGAUAGAAAGGUGUGAUAAAGAAGUAAUAGAAAUAUACUUCCCACAGCUAAUCAGCUGUCUGUCUAACGACUAAGAGAAACAGGAACAAGGAAAUUGGUUAAAGGUUAGUCCUGCAGUUAACAAUCAAUCAUUCGGGCAACGAGAGUUAGCCGUUAUGCCCAAACAUACACUUGUACAUUCACACGUCUCUACCGGAAAAAAAAGGAAAAGAAAAAAACAAAAAAAAAAGAAAAAAUAAUACAGUGUUUUUUUUGUUACAUGGAACGUAUAUAUAUAUAUAUAUAAUUUUAAUUUGUAUAAUAAGUUUUAUUUAUCCCUAAUUAUACACACAUUAUGCUAAUUAACGAUUUAUUGUUAAUCAUCGUCAUUACACUGUCUGUGAUCUAAUUACCGAGUAAAUGAAGCGGUUGAUGUGUUUGUGUGCGAUGUUUGGAGAUAAGAUAAAAUAAUGAAAUAAUGCAAUUGAUCAAUUGACGAUUGUUCAUUGAGACUUCGAAAAUGGUUACGUACUUUAUUCGAAUAAAUCAAUUCGAAUACACGAUUAUACAUAGAACUCUCACAGUCUUUUUUUUUCCUUUUUUUUUUUUUUUUUUUUAAAGCGUUACGCGAAGCAAUUUAAUUAACUGUUAUUGGCCGAUUGUAGCUCUCUUUCACUGUUAAAAAAAGAAAAAAAAAAGAAAAAAGAAAGAAAAAAAAAAGAAAAAAAAAGAUAAGAUCAAGAUUAAUCCAGCAUUUUCGAAGUAAUAACUUGCAGAAUUCCGAAAUGGUGUAUGAUUAUAUAUAUAUAUUCCGAUAAAGACGAUUCAUUUCUACGAAGAUAUUUUCUUUUAUUGUUUUUAUUUGAUUUUUAUUUUGAUCUUUAUUUUGACUUUUAUUUUUCUUCUUCUUCUUUUUAUUAUUAUUAUUUUUCUUUUUUUUUUCUUUUUUUUUUCCCCGCCUCUUAAAUAUUUUCAAUCACAUCAGAUUUUUCAAGUUGAUAGAAACGUCAAGGAUACUGCCAUUUUUGCAUGCGCGAUGAUUAUUUGAAGCCUGGGAUUACUUGAUUAGAUACUACACAUAGAAAUGUUUGAUUUAAUCAAAAUAAAUAAAUAAAUAAAAGAAUAAUUCCAUAUAGUCGUCGUAUUCGUAGAUAUGAUACGAUAGUAAAAACGUCGAAUGCGUUUUACCUUCCAUGAUUCUCAUUUAGAGAUUAGACGGAUUAGAGAAGAGGAAGUUGUUUCUUAUGCUUCAAAUACUCAUUUAAUUUACAAGCAAAGUUGUUAAAGCAUCCUUGAAGUUGAUCUUUUAUAACGCCCCUUUACUUAUAUUUCUUUUUUCUUUUUUUUUUUUCUUUCUUUCCUCUUAUUAACGUUACAUCGAAUGUAUAAUAAUUAAAAUAUAUUCGAUGCCAUUUAAAACGAUUCGCAUAGUUUUUAAUAAACGUUUAAACUGAAUUUGUUUCUUCGAGCGAGUAGAACACGUGAUGUAAGAUUGAAUUAAUUUACUUGAUUAACAAAGCAAACGACGACAACAAUCAUAUGAAGGAAAAAAAAAAACACAAAGAAAAUAGUGAGUCACACACGUUCUACGUAAAAAUAGAAAAAAAAAAAGGCGCGUCGUCCGCGAUGAAGAAUUUUUUUUUUUUGUGGUCGUUGGAAGGAGUAACCAGAGAGAUAAAUAUAUGUGAUACGCCAUGUGUAUGUAUGUAUGUGUGUGUAUGUAUAUAUAUACGUACAUACAGGCACAUAUAUACACAUGUAACAUAUAUAUUUGAAAGGAAACCAAAAGUGAGAAGGAAACAAAAACGAUAACCGAAUGACACAAGGUCAUUAUUUUCGUAAAAAUUAGUUUUACGAAGAAAUAAUUAAAGAAAAAAGAAAAAAAAGAAAUACCUCGUUAAAGAGAUUGAUUAUACGAGCGAACAAGAAUACAUAAGUAUCGAAAUAUUUUCUUCGUUAUUCAUUUAUUUAGAAAUAAUUAAUUGAUUUGUGAGAAAUUAAGUAAAAAGAGAAAAAAGUCGCCGAUGAAAUUACUCAAAGAAAAAAAGAAAGAAAAAAAGAAGACGAAGAAGAAGGGAGAAGUACUUUGUUUUAUCUUUCCAAGAAAAUCGAUAAAAAUAUUUGAGAAAAUAUAAUCGAGUGUGUGUAUACAUAUAUAUAUAUAUAUAUAUAUAUAUAUAUAUAUAUAUAUAAUAUAAAAGAAAAAGAAAAGAUCAGGAUUGAAAUUGGAUUUUAUAUAUUGAAGUAGUACGAUACUUCACGGAGCAAAUGUAAAUCGGAUUAUACGAAUAUAAUCUUUUAAUUUACAUUGAAUGGUUUUGCUCGUUACGUUUGUUUGAGUUUCACGAAAAGAAAUUUGACAAACAUUGACGACAACGUCGAAGACGAAGACGACUAAAACACUUUUAAAACGUGAAUUUAUUUUUGAUAGAGUGACGCUCGUAUAAAAGGAAAGUCAGUCAGUCGAUACGGCCUUGUAUCGACGAUUAAAACGCUUCUGAAGAGGAGAAAAAAGAUAGAUAAAUAAAGAAAGAGAGAGAGAGAGAAAGAGAGAGGCAAGAAAACAAAAUAAAACAAAAAAAAAAAAGAGGAUGUGAAGAGUAAAAAGACGAAGUUUGUUAACUUGUUAACAGCUUUCAAGAAAACAAAGAGAAGAAGAAGAAGAAGAAGAAGAGAAAGAAAAAUAAAAAAGAAUUGCGAAAGAUAGAAAAACGUGAUACGACCACGUGCACAAAGUUCUUUUCAUCGGACAAAAAUAUAACGGCAAUUUGAAAUAGCAUAUUAUGCUUAUCGUUAUAGCGUUACAACGAUGAUGAAAAAAGGAAAAAAAAAAGAAAUGAAAAAAAGAACAAAUUUGUUAUGGAAAAAAAAUAUUCGUAUAUCUCUUUUACAUUGUUCGCGCUCGCUCGUUUUGCUUUUAUGUAAUUCUUUUCUCUCUCUCUCUCUCUCUUUUCUUUUUUAUCUUUUUUUUUUUUUUUUUAAUUUCUUUUUACGUCUCUCUAUCUAUGGAAAAUAAUAAGCGUUGCGUUAUAUGAAAGGAGAAGUUAUGCGAGGUAAACAUUUUUUUGACACGUGUUUAAUACGAAAAUAAACAAACAAACAAAAAUUAUGUUUAAAGUUCUAUUAAAAGAUGAAAGGAAAAAGAUUUUUUUUCUUUCUUUCUUUCUUUCUUACUUUCUUCUUUUUUUUUUUUAAUUUCUUUUACCUUUUUUUCUUUUUUAUCAUCAUCGAGAAUUAUCUUUUCUCUCUUUCUCUCUCAAUCUCUCUCUUUUUCAAUUUAUCGAUUAAAUUCAAUCGAGCAUAUGCAUUGCACGGUCAGGACAGAUGAUGAACGUGUCUUUUUUUAUACUUGGCAAUACUAGCUUUGUCCUUGAGAGGAAAAACAACGCGAACGAACGCUGACGAAUGACGAUUAUUAGUUAUUUAUUUUAUUUUAUUGUAUUAUUAUGUUUGUUAAUUUUUACUUUUCCUUUUUUAUUUUUUUCGUUCAAACGAACCUCGCUUCCUUCCCGUUUCUCGAAACGCUUUGAAGAAGAAAAAGAAAAGGGGGAAAUUAAUUUUAAUUGAUCAACGUGACCGUUUUCAGGAAGAAAAGAAGUAAUAGAAAGAAGUGAAAAAUCUGAUGAUGAUAAUAAUGAUAAUGAUAAUAAUAAUAACAACAACAAUAAUAAUAAUUAUUAUUAUUAUGAUUAUAUGUAAACAAAAAAUAAAAAAACGAAAAAUAAAAAUAAAAAGAGCAAAAAAAGAAACUGAAAAUAAAAGAGUUAAGGCGAAUUCGAUUAUAAAUCUCUCUCUUGAUAAAUAAUAAAUUUCUUCUCUAUUUAGAUAAGACCGUUUCCCUUUUCUCAGCUUUUAUCGUUUCAAUCGAUGUUUCGAUCUUAUAAUAUGCGCGGGCGGAUAUCAAACGUCAGCCAUUUUCGAUUAAAUGAAAUAAAUGAAAACGAAAAAAAGAUUAAAAAAAAAAAAAAAGAAAAAGAAGACAAAAAAUAUAGGUGUGGUAAAUUUUCGGGUCUAAAUUACGUAUUAAAAAAAAAAAAAAAAAAAAAUAAAAAAGAAAAAAAAGAAAAAAGGAAAGAAAAAACCAAGAAAAAAAAAGUAUAAAUUAAAAGAAGAAAAAGAUGGGAUAAGAGAUGUCAAAAUAAAUAAAAAAAAAAAAAAAAAGAAUAUAAAUGAAAAUGAGGAUCGGUUUUUUGCUCGAAAUCUUGACGUCAUUUAAAUAGCGAGAAAGAUCGUUCUUAACAUGCAUACAUACAUACGUACAUACAUUCGAACAUGUUCCGGUGUUAUUAUCAUUAUCGAUCGUGUUAUCUAGAUGGUACAAAUCAUACGAAGAAAGUAGAACGUUCUUCUUCAUUUUCUAAUCAUUCGAUAAACUCGAUUAUGAAAAUGAAGAAGGUAAGAGAGAGAAAGGAAAGAAAAUUUAAAAAAAGAAAGAGUAGAAAAAGCAAGGAAAGAAAGAGAACUAAAAAUUACAAAAAUAAAAAAUAAAAAUAAUAAUAAUAAUAAUCUACAAUGCUCCAGGUUUCUCAUAUCACAACGUUCUGUAAGGGAGAAUCAGAGAAUUUCAAUCGUAUGUAAAGCUAAAUCGUAUCUUUUAAAUUAAGAGUGCGAGAUGAGUGACUGCGUUGAUAAUGAUAAUGAUGAUGAUGAUGAUAAUGAUGAUGAUGAUGAUAAUGAUGAUGAUGAUGAUGAUGGUGUAGAUCAUGACGACGAUUAUAAUGAUUAUGAUGAUAGAUCGAAUGAUAGAAUGUAAAAAAAGAAACAAAGAAAAAAUAAGUAUAUCCUCGUCGAAAGGACUCGGCGUUGAGAGACGCGAAAAAAAAAUGUGACUUCUAAAUUCGUCGAAGAGGUAAAUAAAAUAAAAAGAUGCAACAAAAAGUAGCAAAAAAAUAUUGCGAGAAGGAAUGAAAAGAAAUGGCGUUCUCUCUUCUUCUUUUUCUUUAUUUUUUCUUUUUUUUUUUUCGUCUCUCCUCCUUCGCAGCCGUGUCCUUUUUCUGAGGAUCUUCAUAUAUAUAUAAAAUUAUUUAUAUAUAUAUAAAAUUAUUAUUAUUAUUACUAUUAUUAUUAUUAUUAUUAUUAUUAUAUUAUUAUUACUAAAUCAUCAGGCCUAAUAUAUGUACUUAAACGUUACGUACGUGUAUCUGUUGUUGUUGCCGAUUCAUAUCUUAUAUAUCCGAUUAUUAAAAAAAUAUUUCAUCUAUGGAUUUCCGAUGUUAUUCGUCAUUUAAUAAAAAACUAAAAAAAUAAAUAAAUAAAAAAUAAAGAAUAACGAUAAGGAAUAUAAGGGAGGAAAUAAAAAGAAACGAAAGAAACGAAAAGUAAGAAAGUAAGAUAGGGACGUUCGAAGUGGAACUUAACGACGUUUAAGAAGAAAUGAAGAAAAAUGGGUUGAAACAAUUUUUUCUCUUCUCGAUAGAUAUUUCGAGAGAUAUAGAAAAUUGGAUUUGAUAAUGUGUGCUACGUGUCCGAAGUAAUAAGAAACGAAAGAAAAAAAAUACAUUAAAAAAAAAAAAAAAAGAAAAAGAAAAAAAGAAAGAAAAGAUGAAGAGGAGUAAGAUGAUGAUGAUACGACGUGAUUCUUCCGAUUUGAAUUUAUCUCAUUCGCUGAUUUUUGUCAACUCGAGUAUUUCUCUUGUAAUAUAAAACUAAUAAAGAUUAAAUUAAUAAGUAUAUCACUUUUUUCGCGGGGUUCUGUGGAAAAUUUGCAUUUGAUAGAGUAAAAAUCGAAUAUCGAGAUAAUUGUCGAUCUUUGAGAAAAUAAAAAAAGAAAAGAACAAAGGAACGAUUGAACCAUCGAAAAGAAAAGAGAUUUAAAGAAACAAAAAAGUAGAGAGAAAAAUGACACUCGUUAGGGAUUGUCGUUUUCGGAGACAGAGACAAAAACGUUUGUCAAUUCCGUCGUUGAAGAUAAAAAUGACGAUGAAAAAGUAACGAUGACUCAUCGUAAGUCCCGCAAUGAUUAGGCGAAAUCUUCUCUAAAUAUAAUAUAAUAGAAUAAGCGCGUGAGACGUGAAAGAAAGAAAGAAAGAAAGAAAGAAAGAAAGAAGGACAGAAAGAAGAGACGUGAAAAAAGAAAAAACAAUAACAAAAAAAAAGAGAGAGAGAAAAUAGAAUCGUAAAUUCUGCAGCUUUGGCAAAACGUCCUUUGAGAUUUUUGUCGAGUAAAUAAAAAAUGAAUUAGAGUACGUCGAGUGUACGUAAAUAAAUCGCAUUUCUUUUCUUCCAUUUUCUUUUCUUUUUUUUUAUUUAUCAGAAAAAUAAAUUCAUAUCUCUCUCUCUCUCUCUCUCUUUCUCUUUCUCUUUCUCUCUCUUUCUGUUGUCCGUUUGGUUAGACUUUUCCGACAAUUAUUUUUAUCACGGUCGAUAAAUCGUUAUAUACCACCUCUAAGUAACUUCUAUAAUUAUUGCAGUAGCCUACUUUUUAUCGCGGGAUAUUUGCGUGGAAGAAGAAAGGUGUGGUGUGGCGGGGAUUGAGGGGGGUAGGGGUGGAAGAAGGGUUAAGAGAAAAAACAAUGUUCGAAGUUCGCGAAGGUCAAUUAUUUCAAGAACAUCUUCUCUACGCUCGAUAAAAAUCGAGGUAGUCUUCGCAAUUUAAUUCGCUAUUUUUACGAGUUCAAUCUUUGCUGGAGAGAGAGAGAGAGAGAGAGAGAGAGAGAGAGAGAGAGAGAGAGAGAGUGGUGCGAGACGAUUGAAAUUUCAAUAAACGUAUUAUCUUAAAAAGAUCCAGCGGACGUAAAGUACAGUACAAAAUAACGCGUGAUCGUUAUUUAAUAAGAACAACAAUUAAAAAAGAAAAAUAAAAAAGAGCAAAAGUUUAAAUCUUUAAUGUCGUAGUUAUUGGGAGAAAGUGAGUAUCGAAGAAAAAAGAAAGAGGAUAAAUAAAAAAAAAAAAAAAGAAUAAUAAGAAGAAGGAGAAAACAAGAAGAAAGGAUUGUCGUACUGAAUGUAUCAUUUUAAAGUUAAAUUAAAAAACGAGACAAAUCACGAGUCGUCGGUUUAUACGACAAAGUAUGAAUUCGUAAAAUUUUUGCUGAAAUGAAUUCCUUCGGAAGGACAAAGAAUAAUAAUAAUAAUACUAAUACUAAUAAUAAUAAUAAUAAUAAAAUAAUAAUAAUAACAAUAAUAAUAAAUAAAUAAAUAAAUAAAUAAAUAAAAGAAAAAAAAAGAAAGAAAAAAGAAAGUAGCAAAGACCGACGAGAAAAGACGAGAGAAAAUAUUUCACAGAUUAACACGUGCCCGAGUAUCGUGUUAUAAGACUAGAAAAAAAAACCAACGUGCUGCCUUUCAAAUGAAAUAAUUAAAAGAAUGGAAGCUAUAAAAGGAAUGAUAGAGGAGGAGGAGGAGGAGAAGGAGAAAAAAAAAAGACAAGAAGAAGAAGAAGGAAACAAAAAAAAUGUUGCGAUUAGAAGUUUCAAACAACUAAAGUUCAGAUCUUUAGGCGGCCCAACGUCGUACCACGUAGCUAUGCGAGAACGUAAAAGAAAAAAAAAAAAAGAAAAAAUAAUAAAAAAUAAAAAACGAAAGCAAAAGUGAAAACGAGAAAAAAAAAUAACUACAUAAAAAAAAAGUAAUCGAAAUCCGACGGGAGAAAUUAUGAAAUGGAGGAAAAGGGAGGGAGGAGGUUGAAAAAAAAGAAGAAGGAACAAACAAAACAAUAAAACAAAGAAACAAUUAAUAAAUCGAUAAAUAUUAAUACGAUGCGACGAUUAGGGUCAUUUAUGAUCGUGGAUGAUGUGUGUGCGUGAUCAAAUGAUUAAUAUUGCUACUCUCCGAGUGACCUUUCCGUUUUGUUGUAUCCUACAUGGGAUUUUUGUUUAACCAAAUGUACAAAUAAACAGUACGUGAGAAGAAGAGAGAGAGAGAGGGAGAGAAUGAGAAUGAGAAUGAGAAUGAGAAUGAGAGUGAGAGAGAGAGAGAGGGAGAGUAUGCGUCGAAAAAAGUACAAUUUUUGACAAGAGAAUUCGUUCGUCGUGUGUGUUUUCAAAGAUUGUAAGAGCAGUGCUUAGCGAUUUGUAUAUUAAUUAAUUGAUUAAUUAAUUAAUUAAUUAAAUAAUAACACGAAGCGAUAUUAAGAAGGAGCGAGAGGAAGAACAAUUUGUGAAAGUAGUUUAGCAGCGUAUUAAGGAGAGAGAGAGAGAGAGAGAGAGAGAGAGAGAAAGAGAUAAAAGAAGUUACAUUAUGGUAUCAGUGGUCUUGGAUAGAAGAAAGAAACACAAGAGAUUUAAAAAAAAAAAAAAAAGAAAAGCGAAAAAAGAAACAUAAAGUCGGUUGUUCGUUUAUCACGUCGCGAAUCAUUUACCGAAUGAUUGUUAUAUGUGUACAUUAUAUACAUAUACAUACAUAUAUGUAUUUAAAAAUCUCUAUUAUCUCGAUUAACUGUAUUAAUGAAAAUUACUAUUCAGGAAUAUUAUUACCUAUGCUAAUAAAAAGUGUGGCUUUAUUGGCCAAUUGAUCAAUCCUCCA